GCACCCCAUCCACACUCCAAAGAAAAGCAGAGAUGGGAAGCAACGACUCUUCUUCUUCGUUCCUCCCUUGAAUUCCCAAUACCCCCAAGGGCCCUCCCUGUAUAUUGCAGAGAGUGAGCGUGCGUUGAGAGAGAGAGAGAGAGAGAGAGAGAGAGAGAGAGAGAGAGAGAAUGGAAGCUGUAAAUUCUCCCCUUCAAGUCCCCAAGCACUUAUUUAUGGAGCCGUGCAGACACAAAUUAUUCAUAUACAGAGACGUAUCAUUCCCCACCAGGACUCGAUGUAGUUUUCCUCGACAUCUCUUCUUUGCUUGCCAAGCGAAACCUUCUGAAACUGGGGCAGAUAGAUCACACGGCUUCACAACUGUUCCUUCAAGCCUGUUAGCAGCAGAGAAAGAAGAGGCCAAAGCUGUUCUGUCAUUAUUCUUGAGAAAGCAGGGUUUGAGUAAUGCAGUCGCAGCAAGGACUAUCAACAAAUCUGAUCAUUUUAUUGAUAACCUGAUAUCGAAGCUCCAUUCCAUUCAUAAAUCCCGAUAUCUUGUUGGAAGAGAGCUCACCACACUUGAAAUAAGAGAAGCGCUCGUACCAUACCUCGAAUCCCUUCUUGAAGAACAUGGAGACAUAUUGGUAGAUGUGGUUGAGAACUUUCCAGACCCGCCUGGGAAGGAACGACCCAUCCCAACUCCUCCAACCAACACCAGCCUCAGCUCCAAGAAACUGAAAGCCAUCGCUCGGGUGAGCGAAUUAGGCUCAAAUGGCCAACUCCCUGCACAUGUAAGCUAUCUCCUCGACCUUGGAAUGGACCUCAAGCAGAUCAAGGACAUGACCCGCAAGUUCCCUGCUUUCGCUUACUACAGCUUGGAAGGAAAAGUCAAACCUGUCGUCGAGCUCCUCCUUACCCUUGGUGUACCCCAAUCAGAUAUCCCCAGUAUCCUCCACAAACGGCCACAGCUCUGCGGCAUCAGUCUCACCGAGAAUCUAAAACCGACCAUGACAUUCUUAGAGAACUUGGGUGUCGACAAAAACCAAUGGGCAAAGGUGAUAUACCGAUUCCCGGCGCUGCUCACGUACAGCCGACAGAAGGUGAAAGCAUCGGUAGACUUCCUCUGCGAAUUGGGUCUUUCAUCUAAGAGCAUUGGGAAGAUCCUAACGCGCUGCCCCCACAUCAUAAGCUAUAGUGUCGAUGAUAAGCUGCGCCCCACCGCUGAGUACUUCCGAUCAAUGGGCGUCGAUGUCGCAGUCCUUCUACACCGGUCCCCGCAGACUUUCGGUCUAAGCAUCGAGACAAAUUUAAAGCCUGUGACAGAGUUUUUUCUGGAGAAGGGGUAUGAUAUGGGGGAUGUGGGUACCAUGGUUUCAAGAUACGGAGCAUUGUAUACUUUUAGCCUGAUGGAAAACGUGAUACCCAAAUGGGAGUACUUCUUGACCAUGGAUUAUCCGAAGUCUGAGCUCGUGAAAUUUCCUCAGUAUUUUGGGUAUAGUUUGGAGGAGAGGAUCAAGCCGAGGUAUGCACGGGUGAAGGAGUGCAGGGUCCGGUUGCUGUUGAACCAGGUAUUGUCAGUGUCAGACAGCGAAUUCGAGAAAGUCUUGAAGCGGAAGGUGAUGAAAUUGUUUGAUGCAGAGGUUCAUAUGGAUGUAACAUAUUGCAACAGUGUGCAAGUUGAGUCGGCCAUGAAAGAGCUGAAACUGUAGGUGCCUGGCGCCUAGUGCUGGUAUUAGAAGGUAUGCCGCACAAGUAUGUCAUACACACUUGGUAGUGAAGUUCCGGAAGUAUCACGGUGUAUAAAUGAGUGCAUAGAUAUAUUGGUGUGCAUGGAUCCGAAUGCUCAUUUUAAAAUAUCAUGGUGCAUAAAGGAGUUCAUGUUGUCGUGCAUUCUUGAAUGUCGAAGGUAAUUUGAAGGCUAUGGAAUGGAAAUGCACACGUUUUGAAUGUUUUUAUUUGGAUCAUCAGUGUAACAUCUUCUCUUCUUCA